CUACAACUUCUGUCAUCGCACUGUUCAAUGAUUCUGCUUUUUCGGUCGGUGAGGAAAUAUUAGGGUGAAAGGUUAGGCAACGUUAUAACUCCAAUGCCAGUAACAAAGCCCACAGUUCCCUUCCGGACACUGCGACAGAUCGGUUACUAUACCCAAUCCUGAGAUCCACCGACGAGCCAACUUUCUCCAGCAGACUUGGGCGAGCCUGAACUGAAACAGCAGACGCGCAAGUACGGACCAAACGCCAGUCUCUACAGAUCUACUGUUUUCGACCAGAGGAACAGAGCACCAUGGUUGUGUCCAAGGCCUGGACGUUACGCCAGCACUUCCAGGGUUUCCCCAAGGCUAGUGACUUCCAUCUGAAGGAGGAGACGCUGCCGCAGCCCAAGAAUGGACAGGUGCUGUUGGAGGCUGUGUUCCUCAGUGUGGACCCUUACAUGAGACCCUACAGCCAGACAAUGAUGAAGGAGGGAGACGUUAUGAUUGGAUCACAAGUUGCCAAGGUGAUCCAGAGCUAUAACCCCAGCUUCCCGGUGGGCUGCCAUGUGGUCAGUGAUUGUGGAUGGAGGAGUCACUGGGUGUGUGAUGGGGCAGAGCUGACCCCUGUGCUUCCCGACUGGCCCCAGGACAUCCCCCUCUCCCUGGCCCUGGGGGCCAUCGGCAUGCCUGGUCUGACAGCUCUGUAUGGACUAGAGGAGGUGUGUGAGAUAAAGAAGGGGGAGACUCUUCUGGUGAACGCUGCAGCAGGAGCCGUGGGCUCAGUGGUGGGACAGAUCGCCAAGAUCAAGGGCUGCAGAGUGGUGGGCUGUGCGGGGACAGAUACCAAGGUGUCCUAUCUAAAGGAGCUGGGUUUUGACCAGGUCUUCAACUACAAGACUGCCACCUCUCUGGAGGAAUCACUCAGGGAGGCCGCGCCACACGGAUACGACUGCUACUUUGAGAACGUUGGGGGGAAGUUCUCCAGUGCAGUGAUGCCUCAGAUGAGAGAGUAUGGCAGAAUAGCUGUGUGUGGAAGCAUCUCCAUGUACAACGACACCACACCACAGACAGGGCCGUAUGUACACACCCAUAUGAUCUUCAAGCAGCUGAGGAUGGAGGGCUUCCUGUGUGCUCGCUGGAAACACAAACACCAGCAGUCACUGAGGAGGCUGAUGGCCUGGAUGACUGAGGGCAAGCUGAGAUGCAAUGAACACAUCACCAUUGGUUUCAACAACAUGCCUGCUGCCUUCAUGGGCAUGCUACAGGGAGACAACACCGGCAAGGCUGUGGUCAAGGUGUGAUGACAUCACAAUCAACAUUACACUCCUCCAGAACAUCUGGCUAAAGCAUUCCAGAACACUCAACUUCAUACACUCCAGGUUCUAGAACCAGAAUCUGUUUCACCUUAACAUUCCAGUAUCCUUCCUGAAAAUCACACUCUAGUGCUCUGUUCCAUGUUUAUUCAUAGACACGUUUAACAGACAGCUAGACAGGUUUUGGUCCAGUGUAAUUCAACAGACAGCCAGACAGGUUUGGUCCAGUGUAAUUCAACAGACAGCUAGACAGGUUUUGGUCCAGUGUAAUUCAACAGACAGCCAGACAGGUUUGGUCCAGUGUAAUUCAACAGACAGCCAGACAGGUUUGGUCCAGUGUAAUUCAACAGACAGCCAGACAGGUUUGGUCCAGUGUAAUUCAACAGACAGCCAGACAGGUUUGGUCCAGUGUAAUGCUAUUAACUAAAUAAACAUGUCUUCACAAUAUAAUGUUUAUAAUAAA